UUUCCAGACAAUUGCAACAUGACUUUCCCAGGGCCCUGAUUUUCAGCACGGAUGAUUUUUUCUUCAGGGAAGAUGGUGCCUAUGAGUUCAAUCCUGACUUCCUGGAGGAAGCUCACGAAUGGAACCAAAAAAGAGGUGACACAUUCCUUUCCAAAUUCCCGGGAAAUCCCACUGUGCACAUAGAUUGUAGCUGCUGCAGAAUGCAUAAGUUUUAUGGAAGAAGUUUAACCGAAAGUUCUGUCAUUUUUUUUUUUCCGUCCCAAAAACAGAAUGCCAGAGCAUAACCUCCUUAGCUUCCAGGAAAAAGAGAAUUACUGAUAAUGGGUUCUGAGCUAGGUGGCAUUCAGGACAUCCUCUAGUGAAAAUGGCCGCUAGGGGUUACACGCGCCCUCCCCCCUGACUGUUGCAUGUUGUUUACUGUCGUAUAACGUUGUGUUGCAGCAAGAAAAGCAAUGAGGAAUGGCAUAUCCCCCAUUAUUAUUGAUAAUACCAACCUCCACGCCUGGGAAAUGAAGCCCUAUGCAGUCAUGGCGCUUGAAAAUAACUAUGAAGUUAUAUUCCGAGAACCUGACACUCGCUGGAAAUUCAACGUUCAAGAGUUAGCAAGAAGAAACAUUCACGGAGUCCCAAGAGAAAAAAUACACCGAAUGAAAGAACGGUAUGAACAUGAUGUUACCUUUCACAGUGUGCUUCAUGCAGAAAAACCAAGCAGAAUGAACAGAAACCAGGACAGGAAUAACGCUUCGCCUCCCAACAAUGCAGGAUACUGGAAUACUUACACCGAGUUUCCAAACCAGAGGGCUCACGGUGGCUUCACCAGCGAGAGUUCCUAUAACAGAAGGGGCAGAUGUCAUCACGGAUAUUAGAGGCCCAUCUCCCAGCCACUUGAUAUUUUCCUGUCAGGUUUUGCUUCAGUUUUCUGGUAUUUAUUCUUUGUUGCAUUUUGGUCAGAGCUCUAAUUCCGGUGUAAAUAGUUGAACCCAAAAGUUUCUGACAAGUCAUCGUACUCACUCUCUUUGACAAGCAUUUGUUAAAGUGUUCCUAUGUGCAUGGUCUGAUGCUGGGAAUUCUGCAGAUUUGAUUCAACAGUCUCUUUCUCGAGGGAAAGAGUCAACUUGAAACCAAAACCUGAGAACAUAGCUCAGAACAUAAUCAGUAAGUGGCAUAAGUUCAUAAAUGAGAUAAAGUGUUUAUAUUAUAUAUAAGCUCCAGUAUUAUUUUCUCUGAAGUAAUCUAUUUAUUUUUUCAGAAAAUUCAUCAUCAGGGAAGUUGGGAAGGAGGGGGAGGAGAAUUGGGGUCAGGAAAAGUUUUAGUACCGUUGCUGCUUUGAUAAACUACGUAUCCAAAAAUGUGAGAUGUGAGACUCUAAUGAUGAUACUGACUUUCCCUUAAAAUGAAUAUGGGGUAUACAUCCUAAGGGAACAUCAUCCUUCCAAGUAGAUGCUUUGGGAAGUUAUUCCUUUAUUUUAACGAUGUAUCAUUGUUUAAAAAAAAAAUCUGCCAAAUCCUUAACAGCUAUACAAGCUGUGAGGAAAAUCAGUGUCAUUAUUUAAAGUCACACCUUGUGUUUUAACUACCACUUUCUUCAACAGGAUUAAACCUGAAUAACGUUUGGCUGUUAGGCUAACAGUGAAAAUAAAACAAGCCUGCCUUCAUAAAACACCAGUUUUUAAGAGGAAUAAUUAAGUGACUUCUAAAAUUAUGUCAUAAAUGUGUAUAAUUAGUUGGCAGCUCAAAUGUUUGGGAGUGCGAGGAAUUAAGCACCCCAGGAUACAGGUCAUACAGGGGUAUAUAAAAGCCAUGCUCACUACAAAAUGAGCAGUGUCUUAUGUGGCAUUAUUUAAGACAAAGUUCUCCAGCUCUGGAAUGUUCCUUUUAAAGUGCGGAUACAGAAUUCGUGAAUCCAAAUUAAAUUCCAGCAGAUUGGAAUAGGAUUAAUUUGGUGUGAGCCCAUGAUAAAAGACGAUGUGGAAUGUAUGCUCGAUUUCUCAUUGGCUAACAGCUUCUAAUGUUCUGUGAAGUAUUAAGUGUCCUAUAUAAUGGUGCUUUUAUGGUUAUUAAAAAUUGUAUAUGUUGUUGCAUUUAUA